AUGGAUUUUGCCGCUCUCAUGUCCAAGGAGAUCGCUAAGGCUAAAGGCCCCGAUACGACCAAGGCCUCUGGAUCAAAGAAAGAGGAAAAGACAGAGGUGAACCCGCCAAAGAAGUACAUGCGCCGGGGAGAAAUGGAGGCUGCGCGCCUCGCAGCAUACGAGGAAGAACAGCGACAAAUACAACAGCGACGCGAAGAGAACCAAGCAAAGAAGCGGAAACUCGAGGAGGAUGAGGCGGACCGACGACGCGAACGAGAAGAGAAAAAGCAGAAGCUUGCUGAGGAAUCUAAAAAGCGAAGGGAACAAGAAGAGGAAACCAAGGAGCGCGAACGGCGAAAACGACUCGGACUACCCGACCUACCCACCAAAGAUGAAGAUGAUGCUGCGGGCGAGGAUGAAGAGUUAAAGGAUAUGGAGGAGGACGAGCUCAUUGAGAAACUUCGCGAUCUCAAUGAGCCUGCGCGAAUGUUUGGCGAGAACCACCGUUCCCGACUCCGGCGUUAUUAUCGUCUCGUCAAGCGAGCUGCUACCGUGCAGAAACUCACCGAUGGUCCAAUUCCCACGACUCUGGAACCUGUGCCUGGUGGUCAGAUGAUUAUUCCUGCUGCAAUUCCGAAGGACGAUGCCGGUCGACUUUUCCUAUUCCGUCAAUUGGGGUCUUAUUUCAACAUGGUUCUUUCUGAGUGGGAGGUCGCCCUGGCAAAACGAGACGUGAGCGUGAGACAGAGCUUUCAGGGAAAACAAGCAUACAACGCAAUGGUGCAAUCUCGAGAAAACAUGAGGCCUCUGUUCCGCCGCUUUGAGAAGGCAGACUUGGAGGAUGGCCUUCUAGACCCCAUUGUGGAGAUUGUGCACAAGGCACAGAAACGAAGAUAUGUCGAUGCCAAUGAUGCCUAUCUCCGAGUUAGUAUUGGUAAAGCUGCGUGGCCCAUUGGUGUGACCAUGGUUGGUAUUCACGAGCGAUCCGCCCGCGAAAAGCUUCAUCAGAGCGAUCAACAAGCACAUAUUCUGAGUGAUGAAAUCACCCGGAAGUACCUGCAGAGUAUUAAGCGCUGCUUGAGCUUUGCACAAGUGCGCUGGCCUCCAGAGGAUCAAUUACAGAUUAUGGGCUAA